CUAGGUUGUAAACAAAGAUUUCAAAGCAAUUUAACGGAUAAACAUAUCAGUAAAUGGUGAUUCUAUUGGUGUAACGUACUCAUAAUAUUUGUUCAUGAGUAUGAGGUGAAUGUUAACUCUAAGUUAGCUUCUAAACAAGAGCAAUUUGUGGGGAAUCCCUAAUAUCAAGUUGGUCAUUCUCAAUAACCUAGUGACGUCAUCAAUUUCAACAAUGGCGGGUGUUUUGUUUGAGGAUAUAUUUGACGUAAAGGAUAUCAACCCCGAAGGCCAGAAAUUCGACAGAGUGUCUCGGUUACAUUGUGAGAGUGAGUCAUUUAAAAUGGACCUGAUCCUUGAUGUUAACACUCAGAUUUACCCUGUGGACCUAGGGGACAAAUUCCGUAUGGUGAUCGCAACGAGCCUACGUGAAGAUGGCUAUCCGGAUGAUGGAGAAUAUGACCCCAGUGAUACAGGCCCAUCACGUGCCGACAGUUUUGAGUAUGUCAUGUUCGGCAAAGUCUAUAGAAUCGAGGGAGAUGAGGGUUUAGAAGCUUCUUCACGAUUGGCAGCUUAUGUAUCAUACGGUGGGCUCUUAAUGCGACUACAGGGUGACGCAAACAAUCUGCAUGGUUUUGAAGUUGAUUCCAACUGCUAUUUACUGAUGAAGAAACUCGCAUUUUAGUCUGAGGAAGCACUUCAAGGACUUAGUUUUAAUGUUGUAAAUAUGGACAAAGUGGUCAUUUGGACAAUGUCUGUCAUGAAUUAUGAUUCAAAUUUGGGAAACGUGGUGGACAACGUUUCUCAUGGAUUCAGACUAAAAUGGUAAAAAGGAUAAACAAUGUCAUGAUUAGGACCAAAAUGGUAAAAAUAGAGACCAAGUUCUGUCAUAAAUAGAGAAAAAGAUCAAGACAAAGUUUCAUCUCAUUG